GUUGUAAAAAUCAGAAACAUGUCUUAAGACCAGAGUCUCUUGAAGGAACAGAUGAAGAGGAUCCAGUUACAGCGCUGGAGUGGGACCCUUUGUCAACUGACUACCUUCUUGUUGCUAAUUUACAUAAUGGUAUUCGACUUGUUGAUUCUGAAUCUCUGUCCUGUAUCACAACUUUUAAUUUUCCCAGUGCAGCAGCAUCUGUUCAGUGUUUAGCGUGGGUUUCUAGUGCACCUGGAAUGUUUAUAACUGGAGAUUCUCAGGUUGGUGUGUUACGUAUUUGGAAUGUUUCGCGUACAACACCUAUAGAUAAUUUUAAAUUGAAGAAAAGUGGUUUCCAUGGUUUGCAUGUGCUAAGUUCUCCUCCAAAGAAAAAGUCAUGUUCAUCACAGUAUCCUACUAAAAAUCACCAUACAUCCUCAACAAGUGAGGCUAUUCCUCCUCCAACUUUUACCCAAAACCAAGCAUUUUCUCUUCCUCCUGGUCAUGCUGUCUGUUGCUUCAUGGAUGGUGGAGUGGGGCUUUAUGACAUUGGAGCCAAAAAGUGGGAUUUCCUUAGAGAUUUGGGACAUGUUGAGACCAUCUUUGAUUGCAAAUUCAAACCUGAUAACCCUGAUCUUCUUGCUACAGCUUCAUUUGAUGGCACAAUAAAAGUUUGGGACAUAAAUACUUUAACAGCAGUUUACACAUCUCCUGGUAAUGAGGGGGUUAUUUAUUCCCUUUCUUGGGCUCCAGGAGAUCUGAACUGCAUAGCAGGUGCAACAUCCCGAAAUGGUGGCUUCAUCUGGGAUGUCCCAAAAGGCAAAAUAAUAACCAGAUUCAGUGAGCAUGGAAAGAAUGGAAUCUUCUGCAUUGCCUGGAGUCAUAAAGAUUCCAAAAGAAUAGCAACCUGCAGCAGUGAUGGAUUUUGUAUUAUUCGAACCAUCGAUGGCAGGGUUCUUCACAAGUACAAACAUCCAGCUGCAGUGUUUGGCUGUGAUUGGAGUCAAAACAACAAAGAUAUGAUAGCUACUGGUUGUGAGGAUAAAAAUGUUCGUGUUUACUACUUGGCAACCAGCUCUGAUCAGCCACUGAAAGUUUUUACAGGGCAUACUGCAAAGGUAUUUCAUGUACGGUGGUCCCCUCUGAGAGAAGGAAUCCUCUGCAGUGGCUCUGAUGAUGGUACUGUUCGAAUAUGGGAUUAUACACAGGAUGCCUGUAUAAAUAUUCUUAGUGGACAUACAGCUCCAGUACGGGGACUGAUGUGGAAUCCUGAAAUUCCUUACCUUCUCAUAUCUGGCAGCUGGGACUAUACAAUUCGAGUCUGGGACACAAGAGAUGGAACAUGUUUGGACACAGUUUAUGACCAUGGUGCAGAUGUAUAUGGAUUAACAUGUCAUCCUAGCCGUCCAUUUACUAUGGCAUCUUGCUCUCGUGACUCCACUGUGAGACUCUGGUCAUUGACACCUCUUAUAAACCCUCUACAAAUAAAUAUCUUGGCAGACAGAUGUUGGGAUGAGAUUAUUGGUAAUACAGAUCGUGCUGUGGAAUCUGGUGCUCCUCCUUUGCUGUGUGGUAAAGUUUCCAGGGAUAUUAAACAAGAAGUGGAAAAAUUGACAGAAAAUCCUCGAGGAAAAAAACUAAGGUGGUUUUCAGAAUGUUUUUCACCUCCAGGAGGCAGCAAGAAUUUAUGGGAUUUAGUUGCUGUAAUAAAAGGACAGGAUGACAGUUUGCUUCCACUAAACUACUGCAAAGGAAUUAUGCAUAUGAAACAUCUCAUUAGAUUUAGAAUGUCCAAGGCACAAGAACUGACAACAGUAAAAAUGUCCAAGUUUGGAGGUGGCAUUGGUGCACCAAGCAAAGAGGAGAGGCUUAAAGAAGCUGCAGAAAUACAUUUAAGAUUAGGACAAAUUCAGCGAUACUGUGAACUAAUGGUAGAACUUGGAGAGUGGGACAAAGCUCUCUCAGUUGCACCUGGUGUAUCGAUGAAGUAUUGGAGGAAGUUAAUGCAAAGGAGAGCUGAUCAGUUAAUUCAGGAAGAAAAUGAUGAUGUCAUCCCAUACUGUAUAGCUAUCGGAGAUGUGAAGAAACUAGUUUCCUUCUUUACUUCAAGAGGCCAGCUUAAAGAGGCUCUGCUUGUUGCACAGGCAGCUUGUGAGGGAAAUAUACAGAUGUCGCCACUCUCCACAACAAGUGGAUCUGCAAAUUCUGGUGAAAACAGUACAGAUGAUUAUAACGAGCUCCUGCACAAGGUCAGUAAAGAACUGGCAGAAUGGUAUUUCCAGGAUGGCCAUGCAGUGCUUGCAGCAUGUUGCCAUCUGGCUGUUGAAAAUAUAGAGCUUGCGAUGGCAAACCUGAUUCGUGGAAAUGAACUGGAGUUGGCAAUCAGUGUGGGUACUGUCUUAGGAGAAAGUGCAGCACAAGCAACACAUUAUGCCCUAGAAUUACUAGCAAGAAAAUGUAUGACAGUAACAACAUGCUUUCCAUCACUUGGAUACAGGGAUUUAGCAGCUGAUCUUAUGAUGAUGAUUCCUGAUAAUAAACUGCAGUUGGUAAAACUAUGUGCUUUUUAUCCUGGAUGCGUAGCAGAAAUAAAUGACCUGCAUGAAAAGUGUCAUCUUCCUGAUGUAGAAGAAUGUAUGCAAUUGGCAGAGACAGUUCAGGCAGAUGGGGAUAUAUUUGAAACUAUCAAGUACUAUCUGUUAAGCACAGAACCUGAAAAGGCUCUCCCUAUUGGCAUUCAGUAUGUGAAAGAACAACUUAGUGGCUCAGAUUGGACUUUAGAUUCAGUCUGUCCAUAUCUUGAUCUUCUGAGUUACAUACGCACUGAACGAUUAGUGUUGCAUAAAUGUAGUGAAUUUCGGAAUGAGUUGCUGAUUUUGUGUGGUUACACUGGUGCUUUACUUGCUAUCAGAAGACAGUACAAUAGCAUUGUACCUGCACUUUAUGAGUAUACAAG